AAAUGCGAGUCGCGGUCGCAUGUCCGUCGUGAAAUUUUAGCUAAAAUCACUCCAAAACAGGAAAUUUGCCCGGCCCGAGGCCGAAACGACCAUUUCCAGACAUAGUACAUUAUCCUACCAAUCGACAUCAGGCAGCAAUUCAGCUCCAUGUACUGAUAAAAGCCCGUGGAAUUAGUCAUAUGCAAACAACCACAGGCUCAUUGGAGUUCAUGCCAAAACGGCAGCAAAAGUUCGUUAGGCUGCCAUCCGUUUGAAAUAAUGGAGGCUGGCACUGCUAAAUGUCUUCUGGAUGUGAUAAACGACCCUAACGCUUUGCAAGAAUUCUUGAGAACCAAUAGCCAGGAUCAUGGCCUUUCUUCUAAAAAUUCAGGAGACUCUAUUUCAGUGUCAACUCCACUGAAUGUGAAUCAUUUACUGACUUCAAAAUUAAAUGCCAGUUCAACAAGAGAAGGUGGGAUUAACAACAGGUUACCUGUAAAUGCAAGAAUUGCUUCACAAGUGUCUGGAACAUCUUUGCCUAGUUCUUCUUCAUUGCCACAGAGUACAUUAGUAAAUUCAGUGGUCAACAAUAGUAGCAUGUCAAGAAAUAGUUCAAGUCCUAAUACUCCUUUUACUGUUGGGGUGGUUCCGUCUUCUGUUCCGGUGUCAAGUGGUGUCAAUUUUCUAAAGGCUGGUAUGGAAAGUCCUGGUAGUUUAGGGAACAAAACUGGCAGUGCACUUGGAAUUUCGUCUUCACCAAAACCUGUGGCUACUACUGCUUCAGUAUUUCAAGGGAAAAAACCCAUCCCAAUCCAACCUAAAACCCCUAAUAUUUCCUCUGCUGUAACAAGCUCAACUGUAGGAACUACAGGAACACGUGGAAUACAGAUUAUGAACUCUGGAUUACCUAUUGUAAUGCAAAAACAACCUGUUGUUGCACAGCAGAGUAUAUCUUCCUCUGGGCAUCGUGUUGUGUUAAAUGGAACAGAUUCGAAAACAAACAUGAAGACAAGUGUUGCUCCUGUAAAUGCACAUUCUAAUAAAUCUCCUCAAGGUGUGUUACAGCCAAUUCUUUCUACAACUCCUGUCAAGCGAAUUGCACCUAAACAGCCAAGUAUAUUACCUCAAACUGGUAUGUCAUCGCCACCUCAAAUUGUGGGUACACAACAUAAGAUACUUCUACAACAAGUUUCAAAUCAAAUUACUCCUCAAGUGCAAACUGUUAUAAAUCAAGUGUCACCAGGAAAUGCUCAACAACAAAAUCAUACACAGCUUAUCCAAGCACAGCAGUUACUUAAUUUGAUAAGAGGCCAAAAUCCAAGCACCCAGACAACACAACAGACAUCAACUCAGCUCACACAAUCACAAGCAUUACCUGCAAAUCAGAUUAAACAAAUUCAACAGUUAGUUCAACAGAAACUUUCUAACCAGCAGCAACAACCGCCAGUUGUACAAACGUUGCAACAGAAUGUACUUAGUCCUGCACAGCUCCAAGCUGCUUUGAAACCAAACCAACAGUUUACCACACAAACUGUCCAAGCAGCUCAACCACAAAACAUUGUUGUCCAAGAAGAGGUCAUCAAACAACUUCUUCAACAAGUAUCGCAACAAAAACCUACCCAGAAACUUGUGCAACCUCAGCAAAUAUUUCAGCAAAUACCACAGCAGUCUCAAUCUGUUCAAAAGCAGAUCUUAGUACAGAAUAUUCAACCACAGGGACAGCAAACCCUGCAAACAUUGCAAGUUAAUGUCAAUGCUUCUGCUAAGCCUUCUAACCUGAAUCAAAGAACUGACGUCUCUUUGUCUCCUGCAAAUAUUCAGCUACAGCAAGUAUUGAAUAACCAGCAGAAGCAGCAAGUGCUUUCUCUUGGACAACAGCAAGUUAACUUAACACAACAGCUGCAAGUGUCAAAGGAACAAGGCACUAGAGUUCUUCAAGGUGUAACAUUUGUACCGAGUCAACUCAACAAAACCCCUGUAGCACAAGUGUCAAAUCAAGGAGGUAUUGUCCGGCAGGUUAAUUCUGUUGUUCAGCAAGGAAAAACUGGAAUGGCACCUGUUGUCCAUGUUGCAACAACGGCUCAACAGAAUACAGUUUCUCAAGUGCAGCAACAACAAGCACAAGCUGGAGUUCAGAAAGUGUUUAUCAUAAAACAACCUGAGUUGUUACAAAAGCUGGGAUUACAAGGAGGAAAAACUCAACAGACUAUUCAAAUUACACCACAACAGCUACAGGCACUGAAACAGUUGCAAUUACAGCAGCAAGUGGUGAAGCAGAAACUUACUUCAAGUGGUCUUCAAACAGGAAGUAAUGUGCAAACUAAAAACUUAACAGCAGAUCAGCUGAAGCAGAUACAACUGCAACAGCAACAGCUGCAAGGUUCAGGAGUGAAGCAGGUUGUUCCUCAGGGUCGGGCACAGUCUGUAGUUCAACAACAAGUUAAUGUUAAAACACAGGGGAAAAUGCAGCACAUUCCUAGAAUUCUUCAAACAUCAGGCAGACAACCUGUGUCUCAGAGUGUCAAGGUGUCUGUACCAAUAAAACAGGAAACAAACAAAGGAGUGAAGCGCCCACAUUCAUCAUCAGAGACAACAGAUGUACCAAAAGUUGCUACAAGAUUAAAACAAGGCCUAACUCAAGAUCAACAGGCAGUUAUUCGACCUGAUGUCAAAACGCCUUUUAGUACCCAUGAAGACCUUAUUAAAAGACUAACACCUUACCAUGUGUGUUAUGAUCCAAGUCCUACUCCUGCUGAUGUUCAGAAAGCUGAUGCUCUUUUUGGGGCUGUCUCAACCCAACUGGUGAAACGAAGUCAAAAAAUGAUGGAGAAGUAUCGUCAACUCUUAUAUGAUGAGAGUAUGCGGGAGCAUCCCUCAGCUGAAAUGGUCAUGCUCUACAGAGUUUUCUUGACUAAUGAACGUUCAUUGCUGGCUGAUGAAAGAAAAAUAGCCAAAGAAAACCCUGAAGAAAUCCUUAAUAUUAUCAAAAAGGAGAAGCAGACUAUUGAGUCAUCAAAUGACACAGCAACAGAUGACACUGUAACAAAAGAUAUCACUUCUGAUGAAACUAUGGAUUUUGUGGAAUCAACUACUGAAAGUGAUGUGGUCAAUAGUAUGAAAAAUGCUGUGUCUGAGGCUUCUUCUAAAAUUUCUUCUCUUUUAAGUGUAAAUUAUUCUCCAUCUUCGUUAAACUACUCUUCAAAUUCUUUGUCACCAAAGACUGAAACUUCAUCCUCAUCAUCAUCACUUCUUUCUACAAGAACGCCCACAUUAGUUUCUACCAGCUCUGUCAACAACCAUGUGUCUAGUUUAUCUUCGCAAGAUCAUUUAGAUAAACAGGAUUCACUAAGCAAAGAAAGCUCUGGUGGAAAUCACAAGUUGUCAGCAGACUUAAGCAUUGAUUCCCAGAUGGACACAGAAUGUGAAAAAGAAGAUGUGACUGCUACUUUGGCUUUGCUCAAUUCCAUGGCAUCUGAACUGGAUGAAGUUUUAGAUGUUGAAGGAACACUUUAGGAAUAGUUGGUUCGACUCCACACUUAUCUCUUGUCAAUAAUCUUGGUGUUUACUUGCAGUGCAAGAAAAAUUACAGAUAUUUAACACUAAAAAUUCCAAAGUCUAAUUAAUUGUUUCUUCUAGUUGUGGCACACUUUUCCUUAAGAUAAUCAAGUUGUUUUUCCUUUAUCAAGAAAUUCUGUGGCUGUUGUCUUUCUCUGUCUUUUGAAUUGCCAUAUUUUCAGGAUAAAUGGCUUCAAAUGACAUUCCUCUUUGGGUGUUUAAGGGUUCAGAUGAAUUUCAAUGUCAAGGAUAGCAGCAACAAUAAGAACUACAGUAAGGCACUGUGAAAUGAAUAUGAAUUCUUAUUUUGGUUAGACACAUUACUGACACAACAAAUUCCUUCCUCACCAGUUUUUGUAUUACAUACAGUAAGUUUUUCGAACCCAGGGUAGUCUCAUUGUCUGGAUGAUCAGACUGCAUGAGCAAAUGUUUCUAUUACAUUAGCAAGUUGGUUCUAACAUACUUAUCUUGCAUCUGAAAGCCUUUAAGUGUUCAACAUGACUCUUGAAUUUUCAGAAAUUUCCACAAUUUUUUGGGUGCUAUUUACUCACAUUCUCCCCCAUAUUUAUACUCUUGGAUUUUUUGUGCACCCUCACUGAUGCUUAUGUCAGUUGUUUCCUUAACAUAAGCUCAUGCCUGCCACAAAAGCCAGGAAUGAAAGCUCACAGCUUUUAAAUAAAUCUAUAGCUUAUAUAUAUAUAUGUGAAAAAACAAACUUGAAAAAAAAUUUUUUGUGAUUUUCUCCUCUUUUUAUGCUGAUGUGUUACAGUUUGAUAUAACUACUUGCACCUUUGUACAUAAAUUUUAUAACUCUUGUCCAGUUUGAAAUCAUCUAAAGACCUCACAAAUGUCCCAAUAUUUUAAAUUUAAAGGUCAGCAUAACGCAAGAAAUGUCAUCAUGAGGCCCAGGGGAACAAAUCCCACAAACAGGAUAGUUUGUUUUACAAAGUAUUCAGUGCAACUAGGAUGCUGUAACAUCAUCAUAAUAUCAAAUUGCUUUGUAUACAAAUAAAUUGUGGUCACUUAUUUUAUUCCUGCAAGAAUUGCAUAAGUUGAAACCAAUUUGAAUUUUUGUGAACUUGUUGUUGCAAUGAAAUUGUGACAUAGAGAUGAAGAUUUCUCAUUAGUUUUCUGUCACUCAAAGGAAUUGUUGCUGUGACUUUUCUCUGGGUCGUUUCUUAACUACUUGUUCCCUAGUCUUUAUUGUCUCUCAGUUAAAUGCUGGAUUUAGGGAUAUACUGGUCAAAUAUAGACCAUCUGUAGAAUAAUUUUAGUGGAAGCUGGAUAUCAAAUCUUUCUGGAAGGGUCAGUUGAAAAGCUUACUGUAAAACUGCUGAUGAAAAUGCAAUUUAAGUUGAAAUUAAUAAAUUCUUAGUCUAUUGUUUCAUAAUAAGUAAUUGGAAAAAAGGCAAAGUUUUCUGAUGCCAUCAAGUUGCAGAUCCUUUCUUAAUGUUAGUAUUUAACUCUACUCGCCACUAGAAUUUUCUGUGAAGGUGUCCUGUUCCUUGGAGCAGCUAUGCUAAUGAAUAAUAAAGUUUUGUGCUUUUGUACAACUAUU